AUGGCUAGUGAAGUAAAUGAAUUAAUGGAGCUGUUGAAUUGUAUCAUACAAUUUGAAACGGAUAUUAAAACUGAGAACAAUGAGGCUGAAAAUUGGCGUCAAUAUCUUAUUAACGAGCAGGAAGUGAAGAAGUUUGUAAAAGUGAAGCAGAAACAGCACAGUGCGUUGCGGAAUUCCGAGAAAGAAGUGUCGCGAUUGCGUGAACAGAUCUGGAAGGCCAAGAAGGAUUUCGAUUAUUGCGACAAGCAAAUAACGGAGUACAUCACAGCAAUCGAAGCUGCUCAGUAUGAGCUCGAUGAAUUGAAACAAGAAGGCAAAGAUUUCGAUAAAAUAUUCACUGUGGUAGAGGAGAAUAUUAUGGAAUGCAUUUUGAAAACCAAGAUUCAAAUCUACAAGCAAACUCAAGAGGAUAAAAAAAGAAUUGUUGCUAAGUUAGAAUUACUCGAUUGUGUCGACAGUUUACCAUGCCAGGAAGACGUAUCAGCUGUUCAAACACAUAACGACACGUCAACUUCUUUCGCUCAUCAAUCUCUUGAAAUUUAA